AAUAUAUGCAAAUCAAUCGCACCUGUGGCCAGGGUCGUUUACAAUAGGUGCGGGGAAAGGGACUCUGAAAACAUAUCAGACAGCAUUUGAUCACGCAUCAUCUGAUGAUCUUUAUGCCUAAAAUGUUAUCACAAAAGCCGCUUCUAUGAACGACAACAAAGCUGAGGGUUUUGUACCUCGACUGAUUGAAGACAUUUACCUAUUGUCCUUCUGAGUAGACUAUUGGCUGGACUAUGAACGUCGUCGCGGGGCGGGCUGUCUUUUUUGGAAAUCAGAUUUCUUGUACUUCACGACCAAGUGACUGACGGUAAGGUUGACAGAAGUUGGUGAGCACCAUGAAAACCGCCAUGAUUGAGAACAUUGAGAUGAAACUUUUCGCUUCACUUGGGUCACCUUUAUAUCUCUGGACAGCCGAUACGGACACCCAAUUUGUGCUGAACCAAACAAAAAUACCUGAAGUGCCUUCUAAAGACAAAAUGAUUGAGAAGGCAUUGGUUAAACAGAGGGGAAAAGAUGCACCAGCAACAAUGUACGUGGAGGUGGAAGGCAGCCUACCAGAAAAAUACACAAGCCUAGCUGCGGAGGCCAUUGAGAUCGAGAUGGAGUUCUUGCACCCCUUUAAGGAUGAUGUCAUGGGUGUUGAGUCUGGACACCCUUCAGUUUUGUCCCCUGACCCAGAGAAACCCUCGUUGACGCCCAAGUAUCGCAAACCAAACAAACCCAAAUGGCGAAGGAUGGAAGUGAAGAGUUUUGGUUUGGUGGUGAAAGAUGUCAUCUGCCUCCCCUGUGAAACAUACCUGAAGCAGGAUGACCUGUACCGUGUGCCCAGCAACAUGGAGAGGGAGACUUUUGCCUCAAUGGGGCUCGUAGCAAGAAUAACAAUAGACUCGUCUUGGCUCAGUGAGGAGAUGAAGGGUCGCCUGGCUUCACUUUUCAAGCACAAAUUCUGUAGGAGCCAUGAGAAAUUCCAGUUUACAUAUUUACAGUGUUUUCAGGGUUCCCGGGUGCUCUUUGAUGACCGUUUACCAGAGCAGUCUUGGACCGCUCAGGAAGUUCUCAGGAUUUGUGGAAAUGGUGCUCUCUACAUUCUGAGUCAUCAUGAUCUAGUAGACACUGUGAGAGACAAGUUUUCAGACCCUUUGAAGGCCUGCUGACUCCUUUGCUGUUCAUCUAUGGGGUCUAAAAAUGCUGUACUGUGACAAGAAGCUGAGGAGGCAGCCUACUACCAAUAUACUUGUGUUAGUGUGUUACAUGUUGUAUGAAAAACGUUGGGUGACCUGCAAACACAUUUACGAGAUAUUUUCCUUUUAAAACAAUGUGGGAUCUCCCAAUAUUUUAGAUUUUCUUAAAUU